AUGGCUAAUCGUCGCAUACCCAAGAGUGAAGAUUCACUCAGCAAUUUACCCUCCACUGCAAGUUCUAACCAAAGUGGGUCAAAUGAUUUUGUUAAGAAGCUAUUCCAGAUGUUACAGGAAGAUACAUACAAGGAUGUGGUCAGAUGGACUUCGAGUGGAGAUUCUUUUGUCGUGAUAAAUACCACCGAGUUCACCAAGGAAAUAUUACCUAGGCAUUUCAAACACAGUAACUUUGCCAGUUUUGUGAGACAGUUGAAUAAAUACGACUUCCAUAAGGUGAAGAUACCCAAUGAAGAGAAACAAAACUACGAAUACGGUGAAGAUGCAUGGGAGUUUAAACAUCCUGAUUUCAGAAUCAACGAUCGUGAGUCUUUGGAGAAUAUUAAGCGUAAGAGUUCGAAGAAAUCGUCGCAGAAUUACAAUCCUAACGGGGCCAGUAGUGGGUCAAAUAUAGAUUCAUAUGGCUAUCAGAGUUUGAAAGAUGAAAUGGAUAACCUCAGACUGGAAAAUAAAUCGUUGCAGCAAGAUAUUAAUGUUUUACAAACAAAAUAUAAGACUUUAGUUGAGAACAUAGUUUCGUUGAAGAAUUUUGACGAAAAAUACUAUAGAUCAAUGAGUGUGUUAAUCAACUGUCUAGUUCAAGCAGGUAUCAAGAUGCCACCUUUGGAUUUUCCAAAUCCGAAUGUACUACAAUCUCAAAAACCUAACGUUGUUGGCCGUUCACACUCUCACACACAUUCAAAUUCGGGAUCUAUUCCCCAACUAUCUCCGCCUCUUUUAAGUCCAAAUGGAGGUACUGGACAAGGGGUACUUGGGGCCCCUUUAGCGACUGGAUUACCGACUCAAAGGUUUGACCCUAAUACAAUGUCGCAGGCACACACAUUGCUGCACCAACCACUACAAACGAUUCAUACCCAGACCAAUACUCAACAGCCAACCAAACAAACGCCUCCUACGAAUGACAAUAUUAACUCUAAGCCACAGUCACCUCAUUUAUUGGGCGAGUCUACUAGUGGAUCCCCAUUAGUCGGUAGUCUGGGUUUAGAUGCAGCUAGUACAACUGCGCCGGUGAAUUCUCGAACAUCUUCAAUAUCAACAACUCGCGCACCGCAAUCAGUAAAUGGUGCAGUUACGUCAACAGACCAGCCACAAGUCACAACAACUAAUUUGACUAAUCCAAAGUUUCAUGUGUUAUUGGUUGAAGAUGAUAAUGUUUGUAUUCAGUUGUGUCGUAAGUUUUUAGUGAAAUAUGGAUGCCAGGUAACAAUUGCCACUGAUGGUUUGAAUGCUAUUUCUACAGUGGAGCACACAAAGUAUGACCUUGUCCUUAUGGAUAUUGUUAUGCCAAAUUUGGAUGGUGCUACUGCUACGAGUGUUAUCAGAUCAUUCGAUACUAAGACUCCAAUAAUUGCGAUGACCGGUAAUAUUGAAGAUAAUGAUUUAGUGACGUAUUUGCAAAAUGGUAUGUCUGACAUUUUGGCUAAACCUUUUACUAAGGAUGACUUGUACUCAAUCUUGAGCAAGCAUUUAUUAACAAAUACUGAAAGUACAAGUGGAUCUACUAGUGAACCAAGUGAAACAAUGAGUAGCUUACAAGGCCCCGCUCAACAAACAUUGGUGCUACCACAAGAAGUUCAACAACAGGAUAAUAAUGGAGAAGCUAUGCCAGAGCCACUCGGUAAAAAGCCAAGAUUAAUAUAG